AAAUAAAUUUGAAAACACAAAUCAACAUUGACGUUAAAUUAAUUUCACAUUGUUGCAGAAGGUUAUUUUGCAUUGUUAUGCGUUUCGAUGUUAUUUAUAACCACUUUAUUGUCACGAAGGUUUGCCACACGAAUUGCAACCCCAAUACUGUUUGAACACCACCAAUGCUUCAUAUCUAGAAAGUCUUUUAUAUCCCAUUUACAAAGACACUGGAGAGGAGAAUUAAAGAUAAUGAAACUCCAAAGUCCAGUUUUAGACAACCUAGUGACACCAGAAAUGAAAAAGCUGAGUGAUUUGUUUGAGAAAUAUAAUUUUGAGUUGCGAAUAGCAGGAGGGGCAGUUCGAGAUGUCCUGUUGGACAAAGUACCUCAUGACAUUGACUUUGCCACAACUGCCACCCCAACACAGAUGAAAGAAAUAUUUACAAAAGAGGGCAUCCGAAUGGUUAACAUGAAUGGAGAAAAACAUGGCACUAUUACGGCAAGGAUAGAUGAUAAGGAGAAUUUCGAAGUGACGACAUUGAGAAUUGAUGUAGUGACAGAUGGCCGGAGGGCAGAGGUUGCUUUCACCACAGACUGGCAGAUUGAUGCAAACAGAAGAGAUCUCACAAUUAAUGCCAUGUUCUUAGAUUUUCAGUGGAAUUUGUAUGACUACUUCAAUGGGAGAGAGGAUCUGGCGAAUCGGAGGAUCCGGUUUGUGGGCGAUGCUACAGAGAGGAUCCAGGAGGAUUACCUGAGAAUUAUGAGAUACUUCAGAUUUUUUGGAAGAAUAGCUGAUUCAAACAGUGUACAUGAAGAGGCAACAUUGGAGGCCAUUAAACAGAAUGUACAUGGAUUAAAAUCUAUUUCUGGUGAGCGCCUUUGGAUGGAGUUCUCUAAGAUCCUGAUGGGGAAUUUUGCUGCCAGUCUAAUGAAGAUAAUGGUAUCCUGUGGUGUUCAUACUUACUUAGGUUUACCAGAGAAUUGUAACCUGGAGGAGUUUGAGAGAGUGUGUGGGGUAACAGAAGAGACAGGAUGCCAUGUGAUGACCAGACUCAUGGCUCUACUGUCCACGGAUGAUGAGCUAUAUGAUUUGGACAAAAGAAUUAAGUUUUCCAACGAGGAGUUUGCUUCUGGGAUUUUCAUUAUUCACAACAGAGACACACCAAUGGGGGAAGAUAAAAUGAAAUUCUGUCAAUAUCUGUUAGUUGAUUCUACAGGGAAACAAAAAAUUACAUUUGAACAUAUUUGUGAACUUUUGAAAUAUAAAAAUGAGGAAGAUUUGUUAGAAGAAUUCCGCCAAUGGACCCCACCAUUUUUACCUGUGAGUGGAAAUGACUUGGUGUCGUUAAACAUUCCCAAGGGACCUCUAUUUAAACGAACAUUAGAUGAAGUGAGACAGGUCUGGAAGUUAAGUGACUUUAGUCUUACUAGAGAUGAACUUCUGGAGAGAGUUCCUCAGAUUCUUGAGAAUGUGAAGGCAACUCCAAGAAAACAGAGUCCAAAACCAAAACGGAAAAGAAAAGAGUAACAAGAUUGUGUAGUAAAAAAUUCUCCAAGAGUUGUCUUUCUUCCAACUUUAAACCGAAUAUGUUGAAGUGGUGCAGAUAUACAUGAAUUUCAAUUUACAAAUUUGUUUUCGAUUGAAUAGCCAGAAAGAAAAAUUGCUUGUAAUUCAAAUUAAUGUAAAGAGUGCACAAUUUUUUAUUGUCAUUACAUGAUAUGAUAUUAUUCCAAUGAAAUACAAGGGCAAAACUUUUCAUGUGACAGCAAACUUGAUUUUCUUUGAUGUGAAUAGUACUGGUAUUUCUCACAUAAAUGAUUAAAUUUUCUCUUCUGAAAACUGUAGGAAAAGUUAUAUAGACAAAUGAUGUACCAUUUAAACAAUAUUUUGCAUAAAAAUGAAAAAGGGUCAAUGACUGGUAUUUUUCUCAUUAAUUAUCAUACAUGUAAAUUAAAAUCUAUGUACCAUGCACUAUUGCAAUUCUCUGGUAUAUGUACAAGUAAUUGGCAAAUUAGAACUUCCUUUCUUGAAAACUGUAGAAUGACUUAUCUGGAUAAAUUAUGUACCAGAUAAACAAUAUUUUGCAUUAAAAUGAUUAAAUUCAACAACUGGUAUUUUUCUUAUUUUUUUUUAGCUCACCUGAGCCGAAGGCUCAAGUGAGCUUUUCUGAUCACAUUUUGUCCGUCGUCCGUCCGUCCGUCCGUCUGUCCGUCUGUCCGUCUGUCUGUCUGUCUGUCCGUCCGU